GUCAACGUCAGUUUUCUAGCGUCACCAAAAGAUGGCGGCUACCAGGAAGAGGUGGGAUCGGGAGCUGGUGACAUUACAUUAAUGAUUGUUGUGUGAGUGUGUGAGUGAAUGGGAGACUGCUGCAGCAUUUCUGCUCUCGGUGUGCGAGUGGGUGAGAGCCGGCCUGAUGAGUGGUGUUGAAAGUGGUAGUGAGAGGUUCUUAUCCUCAAUCCCGGCCAGGAGGCUGCUGCUGUUGCUGCUGACUGUGUCCAGCUUGGGGCUGCGGAUGGUGGCGGCGAUGGAGAAGGAAGAGAAACGCCAACUCAGGGAUCAAGUAUUGGAGAUGUUUGAUCAUGCAUAUCAAAAUUACAUGGAACAUGCAUACCCAGCUGAUGAGCUAAUGCCUCUGACAUGCCGUGGCCGUGUUCGUGGCUUGGAACCCAGUCGUGGUGAUGUGGAUGAUGCCCUUGGCAAAUUUUCUUUGACUUUAGUUGACACUUUGGAUACUCUCGCACUGCUAAAUCAAGUGGAAGAAUUUGAAGCUGCUGUGAAAAGGGUUAUAAAUGAUGUUCACUUGGAUAAUGAUAUUGUUGUCUCAGUCUUUGAGACUAAUAUAAGGGUGCUAGGAGGUUUGCUGGGAGGCCAUGCGAUGGCUACAAUAUUGAAAGAGCAAAGUGAGCAGAUGCAAUGGUAUAACGAUGAGCUUCUCUACAUGGCAAAGGAACUUGGGUACAGGUUGCUGCCAGCGUUCAAUACCACCAGUGGACUUCCAUACCCCAGGGUCAAUCUGAAGUAUGGAGUGAGACAACCGCAAGCCAGAACGGGUACAGAAACAGACACCUGUACAGCCUGCGCAGGAACCCUUAUUCUGGAGUUUGCAGCUCUGAGCAGACUUUCUGGAGACCCAGUUUUUGAGCAACAUGCUCGGAAGGCCUUGGACUUCUUGUGGGAAAGGCGGCAGCGCAACAGCAACCUAGUGGGAACAACCAUCAACAUCCACACUGGAGACUGGGUCCGCAGAGAUAGUGGAGUUGGAGCUGGAAUUGAUUCUUAUUAUGAAUAUCUUUUCAAAGCAUACAUUCUGCUUGGUGAUGAUGGCUAUUUGCAGAGGUUCAACACUCACUAUGCAGCUAUCAUGAAGUAUAUAAGCCAACCCCCUCUCCUUCUCGAUGUUCACAUACAUAAGCCACUGCUAAAUGCACGGACAUGGAUGGAUGCUUUGUUAGCUUUCUUUCCAGGCCUGCAGGUUUUGAAAGGAGAUAUACGUCCAGCUAUAGAAACUCAUGAGAUGUUAUAUCAAGUGACAAAAAAGCACAACUUCCUUCCAGAGGCUUUUACCACUGAUUUUAGAGUUCACUGGGCCCAACACCCUCUCCGACCUGAAUUUGCUGAAAGUACCUAUUUCCUAUAUAAGGCGACAGGGGAUAAAUAUUACCUGGAGGUGGGAAAGACUAUCAUUGAAAACCUGAAUAAGUAUGCCCGUGUACCAUGUGGCUUUGCAGCAAUGAAAGAUGUUCGUACAGGAAGCCAUGAGGACAGAAUGGAUUCCUUUUUCUUGGCUGAAAUGUUCAAAUACCUGUUUCUUCUAUUUGCUGAGAAAGAGGAUGUUCUCUUCGAUGUUGAGGAUUAUAUCUUUACCACUGAGGCCCACCUGUUGCCACUUUGGCUUUCUACCAACUUCACCAAGGAUAAGAAAAAUGAAACAACAAAUUAUGUAGUUUUGGAUGACAGCAACUUUGAUUGGUCAUGCCCUAAUACACAAGUUCUGUUCCCAAAUGAUCCUUCUUAUGCCGACAGCAUUCGUGAACCCUUUAAAAAUGUGGUGGACAAAACUUGCCCAAAGACCAGCACUCGACAAGAGGUAGGUGGCGAUGGUCCUGGGGUCAGGUCACAUCUGAGGGCUAGAGAUUUUAUGGCCAACAAUCCUGAGCACCUUGAGUUACUGAAGAAAAUGGGAGUCAGUCUAAUUCACCUCAAGGAUGGCCGAGUCCAGUUGGUUCAGCAUGCAAACCAGGCAGCAAGUGCACAUGAUGCAGAGGACGGACUGCGUUUCAUGCAGGAGAUGAUUGAAUUAUCUAGUCAGCAGCAGAAGGAGCAGCUGCCACCUCGGGCUGUCCAAAUUGUCUCCCCUCCAUUCCUCGGUCGAGUGGUACUCACAGCUGGACCAGCACAGUUUGGGACAGAGCUUUCCAAAAUUACUAGUGGGGUACGAGGUUAUGUUGCAAAGAGUGAGCCCUACAAUGGCUGUUCAGAAGUAACAAAUCCCGAAGCAAUAAAGGGAAAAAUUGCCCUGAUGCAACGAGGUCACUGCAUGUUUGCUGAGAAAGCACGGAAUGCACAGAAAGCUGGGGCGAUAGGGGGCAUUGUUAUUGAUGACAAUGAAGGAAGUAGCAGUGACACAGCCCCCCUCUUCCAGAUGGCUGGUGAUGGAAAGAACACGGAUGAUGUUACAAUCCCAAUGCUUUUCCUCUUCAAUAAGGAAGGAACUAUCAUCAUUGAUGCUAUGCGGGAAUAUCAGGAAGUAGAAGUGUUGCUCUCAGAUAAAGCAAAAGAUAGAGAUCCGGAUAUGGAAGAAUCGGAACAAAAUUCUGAAGAUGAUUUGCAGUCCAGAGAGCCGAGUUCAACUACUUUUGAAUGUCAGAGUGAAGCAGUAUCUUACAUUAAAAUCCCAAGCAAUGAGAAAGCUGAUGAAUCAGUGAGCGAGGAUGAUGCCAGUGAUCAGUUAAUCAUGCCUGGUGCAAAGAUACAAUUAAAUAAUGAAAUUCUGGAUAUGUUGACUGGUUCUGAUCAGAAUCCAAGUAAUACACCUACAGAUGCAUCCUCAGAUACUGCUGAUGUCAAAGAUCAGGACGUGCAAAGGACAGAUUGUCAAGAGAGCUCUGAAGAUGGACAGGAACCAUGUACUCAGUUUUUGGAUCAGGUGAAGGAAGGGGCUGAUAAUGAGGUAGAGACAGAGCAGGAAUCCAAUCCAAAUAUUAGUCAAGAGACAGAGGCUCGAACAAUAGACUCCUUGUUAUCAGACUGGAAGGAAGAGAUAGACGCCUUUGAAAUGAUGGAUAAAGAUGAGCUAUGACGAUGAUUAUACAUUUGUACAAUGGGAUUUUGCUCCAUUUCCCUCCUAUGAACUAGUGAAGUUGUGCACUGUGGCAUUCCCUGAUCAAUUGGAAGAAUAUGCCGAUCUGUCUUUUUGAUUUGUAGCAACUUUUAGGAAGUGGAGAGAAUAUCCUCAAUAUACUGAUCAUCUUUUCUACCUGUUUAAUCUGAAGAUACCUGUCAGAUAAAUGGUUUUUUUGAAUCAGCAUGCCUCAGACUGUGAGAAAUGUGCCAGGGUUGAGAGAACUUCUGUUGCAUUAUUUUCCACCUUUCCUCCUUUUUCCCAUUCAUUUGCACACUCCUUCACUCUAACCUUAUUGUGUUACUGCAGUUUUUAAAACUCCACAAUUCUGUUGCAUUUAUCCAUGUAUGAUUACAACCAGAUUAAAGCACCAGGUUGUUUUUUUUUAAGUUGGUAAUUACUGAAAUAUGAUUUUAGCUUCUAUUUUGUUUUUCUAUUGAAUUGAAAAUAAUUCUUUACAGGACUGCCUCCGGCAAUGAAACUUAAGUGUUUUCAGUACUAUCCCAACUAAAUGAGGAAAAAAUGAAGGAUUUGGUGUUGUCAGAAACUACAAAAAAAUUAACAAACUUGAUUUUUAUUUUGCUCUGACUUGAUUAUCCCUGUUCCUCCAUCACAUUUCUAAACCUUUCUAGCCUGUUAGUGUAUUUAAUAUGGGGCAAUGAUAACACCCAGUCAGUGCAGGCAUUCAAACCAAUGACUUUCAGUGGCAUUCUCAAAUGGACAGAAAUCUGGUCAAUUUGCUAGAACCAUCAGCCCAAUGACUAUUAACUGAAUAAUUCUCCUGUUGAAUCCACAUCUAGUUACAGCUUUGAUAUCCGAUGAUAGGUUGGUUAAUUUUGUAAAAGCUUCUGGGUAACAGGUGGCAGCUCUUCUAUAUUGGUUAAUACUACAAACAAAACUAGUUUGUAAGACCAUUUUAGAUUAAAUUUAUAACAAAACAUAGUGUUUUUUAUGUUUUAUAAAAAAUAGUUGGUGUAAGGCUAGGAGUUAGCAGUGGAAUAUUAUUGCCCAGUAUUCCCCAGUAGUUUGGGGAAGCCAACACUGUCUUGUACAAGAAGCAGCAAAACUUAAUGUUUGUGAACCUUUUAAUAGAUCACAACAUUAUGGAUAAUGUGCAGUUUGCAAGGAUAUUUAUCUGCCAGAGACUUCCUCAGGAAUUUGAGCUGACCUGAAAUGUUCAAGAUAUUUUACCUGUUGAAUUUUUUCUCCAAAACGCAUUUGCAGAUUGAUAGAACUUUAAAUGUUUCUUUUUUCCGUCUGAUUCAAUGGAAUUCCACAAGUAAUAUUUGUCAUUAGCCCUCUCAUUCUAAUAGAUGAGGGAUGUUGAGACAUGAAGUAAAUGGUUCAUUGGCACCACUUUAAUUCCUUUUAAAAUGAUGCAAAUCUCUCCCAAAUCUAGAAAUAAUUAAUUGAUUAACAUGUGGAAUUGUUCAAUUUAUGAUCCCGUUAAGUGCCUUGCAAUAUUUUAUUAAGUUAAAAUUCACUCUAUAAAUAGAAGUUGGUGUUAAAUUUGCAAAAUAGAUGGAAGUUGGUGUUAAUUGUUCUUUUACUAUGUUUUUGGAUAUAGUUUGGUUGAUAAGCGUGCUAUUGUGUUAGGUAGACUGGAUUCUGUUUGUGUUGCUGAAUCAGUGAUGUUCAGUUGCAAUAUUACAAUUGAUCUCAUUGUCGCUAGUUUAGCAAAAGGAAAUGUAAGUCAGUAUGCCCCCUCUAUUACAUAAGCAGAAGUUUUGUGCCUUGAUCUAUUAGGUUUCAAUUGAUUGCUUGACCAAGGCAACUUAGAGAUUCAAUGGCCACAAUUUCUUGGCUCUGACUGGGUGCAUGUAAGAAUUAGUAAUUUGAUAAGAUGUUAGAAACUAGACAACGGUUGCCAGAUUGUAUCCCCAACAAUGUGUGAAGCAAGAGAGAAAAUAGGCAGAUUCUUUUGAAAAGGCACAGUUGUUUCAUGGAUCUAAUUUUCCUCUCUAGCUAAUUAGUUUACUGAUAUAGAGUAUACUGAUAUGCUGUAUUCUUGUAUGUUAGUGUACUCUGUAACCUCUAUUACCCUGUGCAAAUAGUUCAACUUUGGGGCAAAAUAAACCCUUUGGUAGAAAAUCCCUGCAAGUUAAAUUUCAUUUUGAGCAGUUGCUCAUUGUAGAAGAAUGUUUGACAUUUUCAAGAGUGGUGAAUAUUUGGAAUUCAGUUUUAAAUAUUGAAUGUGAUGGAUAUGGAAAAUAUUGUUUCCUGAUGUUUCAUUUGUAAUGUUGUGUCUUUAAGUCAUGUAGUGUACAUUAAGAUAGGCAGUGUAAAUCAUUUAUGGACUGAACCCUCUUUGCACAUGGCAAAAAAUGCACAUUCUUAUAAAAAGUGUAAAUCGCACACUAUCAAAUGGAGAUACUUUCUUUACUGUUUGAAUUUUUGUGUAUUCAAAACCUGACAUAUCAGGUUAAAGAAAUGCUCUCAGUUUUCAAAAGGUAAAACUCCGAGGAUCUUUAGGCUGUUGUGUUACGAUGGAUUUGAAAAUCUUUAUGGCAUUAUUUUUCAAUAUUAACAAUUUUUCCAUAAAACAUAUUUUGUAAACCUUC